UGCUCCGGGGGCGGCGGCUGUGGCCUGUGGAGGUGGCCGGAGGGCGGCCGCGGUUGGCGCGGCGUAUCCGCUCGGGGUGGGCGCCACGCUGCGACGCAGCUGACAGGAAGCCGCCCGGGAGAGCCGCGUCCGGGCCUAGCGUUAUUUGCUUUUAUUUAUUUAUUUAUUUCCUUUUUUUUUCCCUUCACGACAGUCGCUUCGCGCACUGGAGCCUCCUCUGCAGGAGCCGCCGCGACGCCCCCUCGCGGGCCACGGGCCUAAGAGGCGCCGCCUGGGAACCCGGAGUCCCUGACGGGCCUGGGCGGCCGCCGGGGCCUGAAGCCUGGGCGUUCGGCGCGCCUCUGCGGCGUCCGCUCCUCCCCGCUCUGGGCGCGCCGGGCCUCGGCCUGGCCCAGCCGAGCGCCGCGCCCUCCCGACCGGGGCCACGCAGCCCGGCCCCAACCGCCCUCCGCCCGCCCGCAGUCUCUCGGAGCCGCCGCCGGCUCGGGCCCCGCCGCCGGGGUCACCCCUGGUUGGCUCCUGCCCGCUCCCAGCCGUCCGCUGCUCGAUGGGUGGGGUGGUUUUGAGCGUCCCCCCUGCUCCUUUUCUCAGCUCUUGACCGCAAGGACAGCGCCCGUGCCCUGCCGGUCCCCUCAGCCGCACGCACGCACGCCGCCAUCCACCUGCCUCCCCGCGGGGAUGGCCCGCCGGUGACCGCCACCGCCGCGCGCCCGAGCUGCCCUCGUCCCGGCUGCGCUGCGUUGUCCCGCGCUCGACCCCCUCCCCUGUCCACGGCGUCCCGGCUCCCGGCGACGCCAAGAGGGCGAAGAUGUGGCUGAAGCUGUUUUUCUUGCUCCUGUAUUUCCUGGUUCUGUUCGUCCUGGCCAGGUUUUUUGAGGCCAUUGUGUGGUAUGAGACCGGCAUCUUUGCUACCCAGCUGGUGGAUCCAGUGGCAUUGAGCUUCAAGAAGCUGAAGACCAUUCUGGAGUGUCGAGGUUUGGGAUACUCCGGGUUGCCCGAGAAGAAAGAUGUUCGGGAGCUGGUGGAGAAGUCAGGUGACCUGAUGGAGGGUGAACUCUAUUCUGCUCUUAAGGAAGAAGAGGCAUCUGAGUCAGUUUCUAGUACCAAUUUCAGUGGUGAAAUGCACUUCUAUGAGCUUGUGGAAGACACGAAAGAUGGCAUCUGGCUUGUUCAGGUCAUAGCAAAUGACAGAAGUCCUUUGGUGGGAAAAAUCCACUGGGAGAAAAUGGUAAAAAAGGUGUCAAGAUUUGGAAUACGAACAGGCACUUUUAACUGUUCUAGUGACCCCAGGUACUGCAGGAGAAGAGGCUGGGUUCGUUCUACCCUCAUUAUGUCUGUCCCACAGACAAGUACAUCUAAAGGAAAAGUCAUGCUUAAAGAGUAUAGUGGACGCAAGAUUGAAGUGGAACACAUUUUUAAGUGGAUAACUGCCCAUGCAGCUUCUCGAAUCAAAACUAUAUAUAGCGUUGAACAUUUGAAAGAAGAAUGGAAUAAAAGUGAUCAGUACUGGGUAAAAAUAUACCUAUUUGCAAAGCUUGACCAACCACCAGCUUUCUUCUCUGCAUUAAGUAUAAAAUUUACUGGAAGAGUUGAGUUUAUUUUUGUUAAUGUGGAAAAUUGGGACAAUAAGAGUUAUAUGACAGAUAUUGGUGUUUAUAACAUGCCAUCAUACAUACUUAGAACUCCUGAAGGAAUUUACAGAUACGGUAACCACACAGGUGAAUUUAUAUCCCUCCAGGCCAUGGAUUCAUUUUUGCGCUCAUUACAACCUGAAGUAAAUGAUCUGUUUGUUUUGAGUUUGGUUCUAGUUAAUCUUAUGGCUUGGAUGGACUUAUUUAUUACACAAGGAGCAACCAUCAAGCGGUUUGUGGUUCUCAUAAGCACUUUAGGGACAUACAAUUCCCUAUUAAUUAUUUCCUGGCUACCUGUGUUGGGCUUUCUACAGCUCCCUUACUUAGAUAGCUUUUAUGAAUAUAGCUUAAGAUUAUUGCGAUACUCUAAUACGACCACACUGGCUUCAUGGGUAAGGGCAGACUGGAUGUUUUACUCUUCACACCCAGCCCUAUUUCUCAGUACGUACCUUGGACAUGGUUUGCUAAUUGAUUACUUUGAGAAGAAGAGACGGCGCAGCAACAAUGAUGAAGUUAAUGCGAAUAAUUUGGAAUGGUUAUCAAGUCUGUGGGACUGGUACACCAGCUACCUCUUCCACCCGAUUGCUUCUCUUCAGAACUUUCCUGUAGAAUCUGACUGGGACGAAGACCCUGACUUAUUCUUGGAACGGUUAGCUUUCCCUGACCUUUGGCUUCACCCUCUGAUACCAACUGAUUAUAUUAAAAACUUACCAAUGUGGCGGUUUAAAUAUCUUGGGGUGCAAUCUGAAGAAGAAAUGUCAGAGAGUUCUCAAGACACUGAAAAUGACUCAGAUAGUGACAACAUGGACACUUUUAGUAGUAAGAAUGUAUUUGAAGAUAAACAAAGCAUGCACAGUUCUCCAGGAAGAACAAGCCACUGUGAUGCUGGAGCUUGUUCAUGUGCCAAUAAAUAUUGUCAGACCAGCCCGUGUGAAAGGAAGGGGAGGUCAUAUGGAGCACACAGCACUAAUGAAGAUAUGGAACCGGACUGGUUAGCUUGGCCUGCUGGUACACUGCACUGUACUGAAUGUGUUGUUUGCCUUGAGAAUUUUGAAAAUGGAUGUUUGCUAAUGGGGUUACCUUGUGGUCAUGUAUUUCAUCAGAAUUGCAUUGUUAUGUGGUUGGCUGGGGGCCGACACUGCUGCCCUGUUUGCCGUUGGCCUUCGUAUAAGAAAAAGCAGCCAUAUGCACAACAGUUGUUGUCAGAUGAUGUCCCAUCGUAACCAUGUGCAAUUUGUCCUUAAUAAGCUUUGAGUAUCUUACAGCUUGCCUUUUUAAUGUUAGUCACAAGUGUGUGGUUUGAAGUUUAGUUUAAUGUUAGUGCAGUGACAGGAAGUACACAUUAUGCUGAUGUUGAUGGCAGAGUUGAUCUGGGUGCCUGUGUGUCAGUUGAAUGCAUACUAAACUGUAAAAAUUUAUUUCCAGCAUUGGAAAUUCAGAAGUUAAUGUUUUUUUGUAAGCACAAAAGAAGUAUAGUAGAAAUUUAUCCUAGGAAGACUUUACAAGGCAGAGUCAAAUCUAGUGGGACUAAGUUGGUUUCUUAUUCUAAAUGUUUUCUCCCUUUUUACAAUCUUUGUCCAGCACCUCUUGGUUAAAUAAUGUAUGCUCUGAGACAUGAAAUUAAAGCAGAUCUAUGAAAUAAAUUAUUUUAAAACCAGAAGGUUAUAGGUUUUCCAGUGUUAAGCUGUGAUACAGCGACUGCUUUUUGUAGGUGUGUUGCUGGUGUGUUAAUUUCACGGGAAGUGCAACAGUUUUGAGGAAAGGGCAGGAAUCCUGCUGCUGACGCUGGCUGUGAGUAGUGGAUCCACCUCACCGCUAGACAGCUUUGACAGGAAAGCAUGCCAUAGGGGUUUUUAAAUAAGUGUUACAAUUUGUUGUUUAGCAUAUUCAUCUAAAUAAAAGCAACUAUGGCUUAUUAGUCAUA